ACCGCCAUUUUAAAAUCACAAAACAUGAAGAAGAAGAACUUUGAGCUGUGGUUCAGACGGAGAGGAUAGAGUUUAAUGUUUUUGGAGCUCAACAUUGAUAAAAAAAAUGCUCAUUUGAAACCGAAAUGAUUCUUGCAAAGCUGAAUGAUAGUCUUUGGUAGCGUGCAUAUCUGGGAAAGGUGUUUGGAGACACUGAUAGCAUUGCACAGACAGCCGGCGGGGAAGAAUGGCUGGAAGUGUUGUGUUAACUGGCUAACGUUAGCACUAGCUAGCUAAAUCGCCACAUUCGCUGCGCAUGAACUCUUUGCAUUGGGAUUUAUUAGGACUGGAAAUAUAUAUAUAUUUUUUUGUGGAUACAGGAAGAACCUUCCAGUCCACACGACCAUCGCGUCAAACCCGUAGUUCACGAACAUGAUCAAAUUCAUAUACCGUAUCAAUGCAUGAAGUCAAGAUGAACAGGAAGAAGGACAAGGGAUUUGAGAGCCCGCGGCCUUUUAAAUUGACUCACCAGGUUGUCUGCAUCAACAACAUCAACUUUCAAAGAAAGUCUGUGAUUGGCUUUGUGGAGCUGACCAUCUUCCCAACUGUGGUCAACCUGAACCGGAUCAAACUCAACAGCAAGCAGUGCAGGAUCUACAGGGUUCGAGUCAACGACCUCGAAGCACCAUUCAUUUACAAUGACCCUACUCUAGAGGUCUGCCACCACGAGUCCAAGCAGAGGAACCUGAACUAUUUCUCCAGUGCCUACACAGCAGCAGUCAGUGCUGUGGACCCAGAUGCAGGACACGGCGAGCUGGUCAUCAAAGUCCCCUCGGAGCUGUGGAAGCAAGGAGACGAGAUGAAUGUGCUGAAGGUGUACAUAGAGUUCUCUCUGGACCAGCCUAAAGGAGGCCUUCACUUUGUGGUGCCUGACGUAGAGGGGAGCAUGGCUGAGAGAGGAGCACACGUCUUCUCCUUCGGAUACCAGAACUCCACAAGGUUCUGGUUCCCCUGUGUGGACUCGUACUCUGAGCUGUGCACCUGGAAGCUGGAGUUCACAGUGGAUGCCUCUAUGGUAGCUGUGUCCUGUGGGGACUUGGUAGAGACUGUCUAUACCCAUGACAUGAGGAAGAAGACCUUCCACUACGUCCUCCCCAUCCCCACCGCCGCCUCCAACAUCUCACUGUCUGUCGGGCCCUUUGAGAUCCUGGUCGACCCCUACAUGCAUGAGGUCACCCACUUCUGUUUACCCCAGCUCCUGCCUCUGUUGAAACACUCCAUGUCCUACCUGCAUGAGAUCUUUGAGUUCUACGAGGAGAUCCUGACCUGUCGAUAUCCUUACUCCUGCUUCAAGACUGUGUUUGUGGACGAGGCCUACGUCCAGGUGUCUUCCUACGCGUCGAUGAGCAUCUUCAGUACUAAUCUGCUCCACAGUGCCAUGAUCAUAGACCAGACCCCCCUGACCAGACAGUGUUUAGCUCAGGCCCUGGCCCAGCAGUUCUUUGGCUGCUUCAUCUCCAGGAUGUCCUGGGCUGAUGAGUGGGUGCUGAAGGGGAUCUCUGGCUACAUCUAUGGUCUGUACCUGAAGAAGACCUUUGGAGUGAACCAGUACCGCCACUGGGUCAAAGAGGAACUGGACAAGAUGGUGGAGUACGAGCUGAAGAUGGGAGGAGUUCUCUUACACCCGACCUUCGGUGGAGGCAAAGACAAGGACAACCCUACCCCUCACCUCCACUUCUCCAUCAAGCACCCUCACACCCUGUCCUGGAAGUACUAUAAGAUGUUCCAGUGUAAAGCCCACCUGGUCAUGAGGCUCAUUGAGAACAGGAUCAGCAUGGAGUUCAUGCUGCAGGUGUUCAACAAGUUACUAAGCCUGGCCAGUACAGCGUCCUCGCAGAAGUACCAGUCACACAUGUGGAGUCAGAUGCUGGUAUCCACCCACAGCUUCCUCAAGUCCAUCUCCAACGUGUCGGGGAAGGACAUAGGGCCCCUUAUCAAGCAGUGGGUAGACCAGAGUGCGGUGGUGAAGUUCUUUGGCAGUUUUGCCUUCAACAGGAAACGGAACGUUCUAGAACUGGAGAUUCGACAGGACUACACCUCCUCUGGAACACAGAAAUAUGUGGGACCCAUCAAGGUGACAGUCCAGGAGCUGGAUGGGUCCUUCAACCACACGCUACAGAUAGAAGAGAACAGCCUGAAGCACGACAUCCCCUGUCACUCCAAGAGCAGACGAAACAAGAAGAAGAAGAUCCCUUUGAUGAACGGGGAGGAGGUUGACAUGGACCUGUCUGCUAUGGAUGCGGAUUCUCCCUUGCUGUGGAUCCGGAUCGAUCCGGACAUGUCCAUCCUGCGUAAGGUGGAGUUUGAGCAGGCAGACUUCAUGUGGCAGUACCAGCUCAGGUACGAGCGUGACGUCGUGGCCCAGGAGGAGUCUAUUUUAGCCCUGGAGAAGUUCCCCACGCCGGCCUCCCGUCUGGCCCUCACUGACAUCCUAGAACAGGACCAGUGUUUCUACAAGGUCCGCCAGGGCGCCUGCUUCUGCCUCGCCAAGAUCGCCAACUCCAUGAUGAGCACCUGGACCGGUCCUCCAGCCAUGAAGUCUCUGUUCACCAGAAUGUUCUGCUGUAAGAGCUGUCCAAACAUCGUCAAGACCAACACCUUCAUCAGCUUCCAGAGCUACUUCCUACAGAAGACCAUGCCUGUAGCCAUGGCUCAGCUCAGAGACAUCCAGAACCUCUGUCCCAAAGACGUCCUCAACUUCAUCCUGGACCUCAUCAAGUACAACGACAACAGGAAGAACAAGUUCUCCGACAACUACUACCGUGCCGAGCUGAUUGACGCCCUCACCAACUCCCUGACCCCGGCCAUCAGCAUCAGCAACGAGGUGCGCACCGUGGACAACCUCAACGGAGACGUACGUCUCAUCCUGGAGGAGAUCACACGCUCUCUUAACAUGGAGAAACUACUGCCCAGUUACCGCAACACCAUCACUGUCAGUUGUCUCAGAGCUAUCCGGAUGCUCCAGAAGAAUGGUCAUAUUCCCAGUGACCCCUCUCUGUUUAAAUCCUAUGCGGAAUACGGACACUUUGUGGAUGUUCGUGUCGCAGCGCUGGAAGCUGUGGUGGACUACACAAGAGUUGACAGGAGCUCCGUGGAACUGCAGUGGCUGCUCAACAUGGUCCAGAAUGACCCGGCUCACUACAUCAGACACAAGAUCCUAAGCAUGCUGGGUAAAAACCCUCCCUUCACCAAAGCAGCCGAGUCUCCACUCUGCAACGAGGCUCUGGUCGACCAGCUGUGGAAACUCAUGAACUCAGGUACGUCUCAUGACUGGCGGUUGCGGUGUGACGCGGUGAAUCUGUACUACACUCUGUUUGGUCUGACGCGUCCCUCCUGCCUGCCCCUGCCCGAGCUGGGCCUGGUACUCAACCUCAAGGAGAAGAAGGCCGUGCUCAACCCCACUAUCAAGCCUGAACAGGGACCAGACACCACAGAGAUGACUGGCAUCACCAUGGGUGUUCAUAUCCCUGUCAUGGGCUUCACUAGCAGUCUGGAUGAGGGCCUGAUCACCAUGGAGACAGUGUCCAGCGUGUCUAUGUCCAGUGGUGUGGCCCCGCCCCCUCAGGGUCUGAAGAGGAAGUUGGACAGUGUCGUUGGCCCGCUGGGCUCGUCCUCACCAGAGCCAGGCCAGGUCCUGCAGGAAGAGGACACCAGUAAAAAAUUCAAGAUCAGAUUCAACACCGUGGAGGAAGAUGAGAUUGACAUGGAGAGUCCCCAUGACAGCCAGGCGUUCAUCCACCACCACCUCAACAUCCUGGAGAGACCAUCCACACCAGGUAAGGAACCUCCAGCCGUGGACCUGGCCGUCCUCUCCCAGCACAGCCCAGGUGGACCUUCUGGGGACAGCAAAGAGUCCAUGUCUUCCUAAACACAGCGGUGACCACCACCAGGUCCACCACCACCAC